UUCUCGGAUGUGGGUGAAAAAACCUCGAAAUGGUUUAUUUGCCUUUUUAGUUAUUCGGUUAUUUGCUCGAUUUCUAGUUUUUUUUCUUUUUGGUUACGUCCUAUCCGACACAAUUUGUUCAGUAUGUUGAUCCAUGAAGACUGCAAUAUUUUGAAGUCCUCUUCAAAUUGGUUUGUUCACUGAAAAAGGCUAAUCAUUUUUACACCUGUGUUUUCAAUUAUUGAAUAUUACGAAGAGAAAUCCCAGUUAUUGAAAAUGUUCGUUGUUUUAGUGUUUAACGACAAAUUGAUGCGAAUUAAUCCUGUGUAUGUGAAUGUUUGAGAAACACUUACGAACUACAUUAACCAGUAGCAGCUAACAAUGACAGAUCAGUUUAAUAAGCAAGAGUUUGCUAUUACCACCCAGCAAGCCAAGCAGAUCGCCACUAUAAAAUGGUUACUUUAUAAAGCAUAUAAUAACAAUGUACCGUCGGAAUUGAAAGACCCAUUUUAUUACGAUGAAAGGCAGCAGUCAAUGGUAUCCGGAAAAAGUAGUAAUUUACAUUUAAAACCAGCCAUUGUAUAUUCAUUAGCCAAAGCUGAACUUUACUGCUUAGCUUUAGCUAAUAUCUACUUGGAUCCUAAUUACCACAAUUUGAAUCACAACGGCAUAAUUCAAGCGUUGGCGAGAAAAGGAGUCGUGUUAUCAGAUCCACAACUCACUGAAACAGUUCUGCUACAAACCAGUCCCUUAAAAUUGACUGCCCAUUUAUGCGUAACAGAAGCUAUAAUGAUGUUAUACGCCAAGGAAAUAGUAACUUCUGAACGUGUAUUUGCUGCCAUUAAGAAAUUUUCAUCGUCGCAACAACAACAACGAUUUGUGAAUGAUUCGAAUAGUAAUGCUGUGAUACCACAAUUGAAUAGUGUUAGUGACUACGAUCAACUACUGUUGAUGUGGAUUAGUGAAACGGUUUCGGCUUUGAAUGGUAGAAUUAGAAUGGAGACGCAGAGUAACGAAACCGAAUUUACUAGCAACGAUAAACUUAAAAACGAUUAUUUUAAGCACCUUCCUAUCAAAGAAUUAACCGAACUAUGUGACGGUGUUGCGUUGUGUGCUGUCGUAUCGUAUUAUUGCCCGCAGUCGAUACAGUGGCAGAAGAUACUCGCCAAUAAGCCGGCUACGAACGCUGAUUAUAACCACAAUUUGCACAUGUUUUAUAAUUUUUGUCAGCGUUGUUUACCCUAUCCAGUAUUUCAUAUGUCGCCUCAAGAUAUGUUCCCAAUUUCUAUAAAUUACAUGCGUAUUAACCUCAUAGCCUUACUGGUUGACUUAUUCAACGUGUUGGAAGUUCAUCCAGCCAAUUGCGGGGUAUCUGAAAAGCAAAAUGGUACAGCUUCCGAACCUGCUUUCGUUCCAGCUCAGUUCGAGCCAGCUUAUACGAGGAGAAUUGGAUACAAUAAUAUACAAAAAUGCCCCCUAACUACUCAACAGAUGUCGGUUAUUCCUAAUCUUCGCAACUAUACGACACAAAUCAGUAAUUCUUCGUCAGAAUCACGUACAGCCAAUUCUAGUCCUCGGGCGGAUAGGAAAUCCCGUACAAAUAGUGUACCAGAAUCUCAAUAUAACGAACAAUUUAUCGUACAUAAGGGUCGCAACAUUCCUACGUUAAGUUCAAUAAAUCCGGAUAAUUGCCAUAAAGAACGAGCGGAAGCGAUAGCCGCUGGUAAACCGUCGAAUUGGAACGACUCUCGUAAAAACAUCACCGGCAGCGGAGGUCGCCGAUCCAGACGUAACUCGUUCUCGGACGAAUCGCAGUUGACCAUCGAAAACUUCGGCGGCUCGCACGAAAACCUGAGCGUACUAGGUCGUAAUCCCGAUAAAGAACCAGCAAUUCAUAUUGUCAAGAUUAACACAUCGGAUGAUGGAAGCGAUAACGAUGCCGGCAGCAGACAGCUGCGAUGUCAGAUGGCCGCUCAGGAGAACUGGAGCAGCGCUGGGAUUUCCAGUUUGUUACGCGAAAACAACAACGAUAAUUUACCACCACCGAAUAGACCCAGCAGUAAUGCAUCUGCUGCUUCUUCAGCUACGUCAGCGUCAUCAGCAUCUUCGGAUAAAGUCAACGGUAUGAGAAAUUUCACCUCGUUUCAAGCUAAUACUAUCGUACCUUCGGCCGAAACCGUCGAGAUGCUGGAAAGCUGUAAAGAUAGCUCGCAUUUAUUAAACGUAAGAUUGAAAUUGGAAGAGAAACGAAAACAAAUGGAAAUGUGUAAAAAACGAGAAGAAAUGAAGCUGAAGAAAACCAGACAAAAAUUAAACCAAGCAGCCAUUCUACAAGCCGCUUCCAAGACUGGAAAAGACAACGUAUUUAGUAAAAAUAACGAUGACGACGAUGGUGGUGGUAAUGAUAACAGUGGUGGUGGUAGUAACGAUAUCAGUUGCGAUGAUAUUGAUAACGAUAGUAUCUGCGCGUACGACGAAGUUGAUAAAACCGACGUAGUUUUUGGUGGGAAAUUACCGAAUUCCAGCCCGUUUACCAAUCAGGUGGAACAAAGAUGGCUGAAAAAUGAUAUGGAUUUGAACGGCGACAUUUCUCCAAAAUCCGAAAGACAGACUCCCGAUUCGGAUUCGGUCGAUAUUGAAAAAUGCCAAAAGUCGAUAUCAGAGAUGAAUUCGAGUAUUCACGCGCUCCAAACCGAUAUCCAAUAUCUAGCUAUGAUGGAGAACGAAUCGUCGCAGCAAAUAAUGGACGGCAGCGGCGGCGUAGCGCAUCGCGUCGAGCUAUCGAAACCAUCCCAAUAUCCGAUAUCGUUCAUGUUGAAUCAAGAACCACAACAACAACACCAGCCACAACAGCCCGUGCAAGGUCACCAACUGCAGAAAAUUCUCGUCAAUAAUCACCAAAAUCAAAACGGUUUCUUCGCUAACGCGACGCUCGAUUACGAUAAUCGAACAAAUUAUAACACGCUGCCGAAUAAAAAUUACGCCGGCGAGUACUACGCCGAUGGUUACGUAACGAGUGCACAGCAGCAGCAGCAGCAACCGCAACAUCACCAUUUAUCACUGUUACCAACGGUUCAGGGAGCUGGAGUUAUGAAAUCACCUUUGCCCGUCGCAGCAGCCCCUCAGCAUAUGAUGAAUCCGUACGAUAACGAGUUCUACAUGUACCAACAGCAACAGCAACAGCAGCAACAACAACAACAGCAUCACCACCAAAUGCAACAGCAGUCACCCAUGCAGCCUGUUCAUAUGGGUGUUGGGCAGAAUUACAAGGGAGGCAAUUACCACAGCAUCAAUGUGGUCGAUAACGAUUUACGAAACGCCGCCGCUGUCGCUAAUACGGCCAAUUUCAACUAUCAAAAUUCUCCUAUGAUCAUCGACGACAGAGAUAAAAGAGUUCAGCAACAGCAGCAACCGCAACACCAGUUCUAUCUGCAUAAGCCUAGUGGAUCGGGCGAUGCUCUUCAGGCGGCUUUCCAGUUCCACAAUACGUCUCCGGCGCCGACCAACACCGGGUAUUCGACUCCUUCGAAUAUGACCUCGUUUAGUCAACGUAAAACGUGGGAUAAUUCGUCUAGUUCGUCGCCGAUACAUUCUCCGACGCAUGGUUACUCGUCUACGAGAUAUGGUGCGCCGAAAGAACCUACCACUAUGUAUAACGAAUCGAAGUACAAAUCAAAGUACUCGGAUGACGAGACCAAUAUGUCACUGCAUAACGAACCUAUCAACCAGCCAACCAAAUUAGAUUACAGUAAUUAUUUCGCUAGUUCGCGAAGUGACGGCUCUGGCAGACAUUCUUCCGCCGGUUCUGUCUCCAUACCGAGUCCAUCAGCCGAUGAUAUGGCUCCUCAGUGUAUUUCGUUUAUCGGAUCGCAAUUAGACGGAGUCGGAAAAACGUCUUCGGGCAACGAUGAAAUCGACGACGUCUUGCAGUUGAACGAGAACGUGAACAAGUUGCAUAUAAGUAAUGGAAAUCGUACCUAUAGAAUACCGUCGCCGACGAAUAAAGGCCAAUCUAGACCAAAUACGCAUUACGCUUUCAAUAACGAAGAUAAGAGUAAAAGCGAAAAAGGCUUCUACGUUUCGUUCUCGAACGACGAUGAUAAUUUCGGUAAAAAGUUCAGCGACCGAAGUCCCAUCAAAGUACCGCCUAGGUUCAAAAAAGCCCAUUCGAAUUCGUCGUUAAGCAACGACAAAGAUCGAGCGCCUAUUAGACCACCUCCAAGAAGUAAAAAACCCGAAACCAUAUCUUCUCUCAGAGAAAACGUUAACAAUUCGCCCGAUAAUAACGGUCCCAGCGGCUUUAGAAACGUACAAAAACAAAACUCCGACGAUAGCGAUAAAAGUCAAGAUAGUAAAAUGUCCAGUAGCACGAUGGUCAUCAGAAAGAACAAUAAUCCGGCCGCUAUAGUCAUAAGUGCCGAUACGAAUAACGACCCUGCUCAAGUCGACGAAAUGGAGCGUAAAAAAGAACGUAUUCUGUUACAAUCGCUGCAGCGGCGACAGCAGCAAGAAGAAAUGAAAGCGCGCAAAGAAAUCGAACUGCAGCGAAGAAAAGAGCAAGAAAAACAAAAAGAAGACCUAAAGGCCCAGAAAAAAGAAGAAGAGAAACGUCGAAGGGCUGAAAUUCUAGAAAAACAUAGACUGAAAAAAGCUAUCGAAGAAGCUGAAAGGGAGGGUAAACCACUAGAUAAAGAGUUAUUGAACGCAGCUCUAAUGCAUACCAUUCCGAAAUCAAAUUCCAAUUAUAGUGGCUCGACUACGCCGGCAGCUCCGAAAUUACGAUCUAAGAAUCAUUACGCUAAUCGCCCUCGACCAAAGACUAUUCACAUAGAUGUAGGUAGUAAUCUAAAGGAUCCGGGAGGAGAAGUAAUCAAUUUUAAUUUGAGCAAGAAAGGAUCUUCCGUUAAUUUAACUGAGCACAAUAAUAACAAUAAUAAUAAUUACGGUAUGAGCCGACGAGACUAUUACAGAGGUUCUCAAGAUCUUCUAUUGGCUGGAACCGAUAUAGCUAAUGUAGCCGGUACUUCGGCAUCUUCGAUAUAUUCCGAUGUGACGGACGAAGAUCGUGUAUCGUAUUCGGUGAAUGGGUCUACAUGUGGUUCAAUCGGGCGUCGUCGCGGAUCCUCGUACAAAACGUCUAGAGAUGUUUCGCUGGAUAGAGCUACGUCUCGUAUAGCGAGACCUAAAUUUUCUACGUAUCAAAGUUAUCCGCGUAAAUCGAGUUCACUUAUGAAUUUAUGCGGUUCAAGUUGCGAUCAAGAUAGUUUUAGUUAUAAUUCAAGAUAUGUCACUGAUACAGAUUCCGGUCUUGGACGAGCAACGCCUCCACAUCGAACCGCAUCUCCGGCUCCUAGUAAUUCGUCGCCUUCCGGACCCGGUUCACUACCACCAUCGCAUCACAGUAGACGCCUAAGGUACGACGACACAGCCAGCGAAAGCGGCGGCAGCGAGUACAGUGGAUUGAGGCUAUAUAAACAACCGGCUGUUAAAUCGAAUCGUGGUAUUAUUAUGAACGCUAUCGAAUACUGCGUGUUUCCCGGCGAAGUGAAUCGUAGUGCCAAAAAUCGUAUACUGGAAGAGAUCAAUAGAUCAGACUCGACCAAACAUUUCCUGGUACUGUUCAGAGAUUCCAGAUGUCAGUUCCGUGCCUUAUAUUCGUAUUAUCCGGAUAGCGAAGAGGUCAUGAAAUUAUACGGAACCGGACCUAAGCAAGUUACUGAAAAAAUGUUCGAUAAAUUUUUCAAGUAUAAUUCCGGUGGUAAAUGUUUCACUCAAGUGCAUACCAAACAUCUAACAGUAACCAUAGACGCCUUUACCAUACACAACAGUCUAUGGCAAGGUAAAAAAGUAAAUUUACCUAAUAAACGGGAUAUGUCGUUGGUAAUAUGAACGAUUGCUGCGGAACAUUGAAUUCAAUUCAACUAGGAAAUUGUAUAGGCAAUCGGCACAACAGGGCCGAACGAGUUUGUCGUUGGUGGUAAUUAUCAGCUCAACUAAAAAAAAAAAAAUAUACACAAUUAACUCGAAAAUGACAUUAAUGGAUGAUAUUACCUUAUAUUGUAAGGGUUGUUAACGAAUUCUCUGUUUAUUUGUAUUAUUUUUUCUCUUUUUAAAAAAAAAAAUAUUAUAAUUUAACGCUUGAACGCGACGAAAAAAACGAGAUGUUAGUAUUACCUAUAUCUGUACGCGGCGGAUUUUGAAAUAGGGAAAAUGAAAGCGUCUACUCGUGUGUUUGUGUGUGUAUGAUUUAAUCGUAGAAUUUUUUUUACCUCGAUUCCAUCGUAGUAGCUUUUAUUUUUAAAUUUUCCUUUUUUUGUACGUUUUUAUCAGUAUUCUUGUCACUUUAAAUAUCACGGUUCACACUUCGUACGAAUUGUCGUGUGAUUUAAUACGAGAUUUUUUUUUCUUUUUCGACGAAAUAAUUUUAUCACAUUUUCGUACUAAUGAAAUAUUAAUUAUUAACGUGUAACCACGAAAAUAACGGAUAUACCUACCUAAUAUCGGUAAUUAUAAUUUUUAUAACAUUUUUUUUCUCGCUUUAUCGUAUCGGUCGCUACAAAAUAUGUAAAAGUAAAUCAUCGAACACGUUUCGAGCUUUUUGAGCCCUCUACUCCUUUACUUCCGGUCAUUCUGCUUACCCAGUGCCCAAUCCAUACCGUAUUAUUUUGAAAACGUUAGGCGCGAUUUUAAAAAUAUUCAAGUGUUGUAGUUUUGUUGAUUUUUUUUUGAAUUGUGUUGUGUUUUUUAUGUUUUGAGACGAAUUAAAAAAAUAUAUAUCUGUAUUAGUUUCAAUAUGUUGAGCAUUAAGUAUUUCGUAUUUUUUGUGGUUUUGCCCUUUCAAAUAUGUAUUUUUUUUUUUACAAAAUUUUUAUUCAUAUUUGGUAAAUAUUUUUAUACAGAUUACUGUGUUUAAAAUACGAUAUUUAUAUUAAAUGGAGUUUUCCCUCUCGAAGCUUAUUAAAUUAUUAUUAAUGUUAAGCCUUUCUUCAAGAAAGGAGGUAAUUUUAGUAGCUUCCAAAAAACAAAAACCAAAAAAAAAAUACGUGUAUUAUAGGAACGUGAUCGAAGGUUGAAAAAAAUAUGCAAACGUGAUAGACAGUUUUACUUUCAGUUACCCUGCGUUUACAUGAAAACUGGAAUAGGUUUUUUUUUUAGAGAGAAAUUUUUCAUCGAAAAAGUCGUAAUUUAUAAGAAUAAAAUUCAUAAAAACUUCUCAACGUUGAAAAAUAGACCAAAAAAUUAUUUUGCAUUUUAAUUUCUUUUUUUUUUGUAUUAUUAGGUAAAUGAAUUUGUUGCGAAUGUUUUAUCAUGUUUCUAUAU